AUGUUGCAUGCUGCUCAACAGCUUCUACUUUGCGGAUUACGCCAUCAAUUUUGGAUUCUGCAUGGCCGCAGUACGGUGCGAAGGGUUAUUCGCCGGUGUGUCACUUGCAUGAAAGCAAAACCGGUAGGAAUGCAGCAGAAAAUGGGUGACCUACCCUUUGCGCGAUUGGAAGGUGUGCAUGCAUUCUACAACACUGGGGUAGAUUUUGCCGGACCGAUCUACCUGCGACAGCAUAACAAGCGUGGGACUGUUUUGUACAAAGCAUAUGUGGCCGUCUUUGUAUGCUUUGCUACACGUGCGAUACAUCUAGAGCUAGUGGGCGAUUUGACAGCGGAUUCCUUCAUCGCCGCACUACACCGAUUUGUGUCCCGUCGGAGCAAGUGUGCCAGAUUGUUCUCCGACAACGGUCUCAACUUUGUGGGCAGCCGCUCAAAGUUACGAGAGAUGUACGACCUGUUUCAGUCCCAGCUCCUGAAAAAUAAAUUGAACGACUUUUGCUCCAAGUCAGCCAUCGAAUGGAACAUGAUCCCACCAAAUGCCCCACACUUUGGCGGGUUGUGGGAGGCCGGUGUGCGCUCUGCCAAGUACCACCUUAAGCGCAUCACUGGAACAGCGAAUAUGAACUUCGAAGAAUACACGACAGUGUUGGCCCGCAUCGAAGCGCUGCUCAACUCGCGGCCUAUCACUCCGCUGUCCGAGGACCCACGAGAUUUGCGACCUCUGACUCCUGGUCAUUUCUUGGUCGGCCGCCCUCUGACAGACAUCGCAGAACCGAGACUGGUCGAACGCAAGGAAUCAACACUAUCCCGCUGGCAACGUUAUUCGAAAAUGGUCCAACAUUUCUGGGAUCGUUGGUCUCAUGAUUACAUCACGACGCUACAGAACCGCAACAAGUGGCAUGUGCGGUACCCCGUGAAAGCUGGUCAGCUGGUCAUCAUUCGAGAAGACAACGUGCCGACAACAGCGUGGCGCCUCGGCAGAAUUGAAACGGCUAUUCCUGGUCCCGAUGGUUUGGUGCGCGUCGCAGAUGUGCGUGUUGCUGAUGGGUCCAAAGGCACCAAGGUAUUCCGACGUCCGAUAGCCAAACUGUGCCUGCUGCCAAUCGAGGACAACGAGGUAGAACCUGAAUACGACUUCGAAGACGGCAACGAGAAUUCCGAAGAUAAAAAAAGUGAUUGA